GCGCUGCCCGUCCACCUUGAAGAAAACAGGGCCGUCAUUGGGCUGGAUGCGCAGCGCGAUGGAAAGGCGCACGAGUCCGGGGAAGCGUGUUUAAUACCUGGAAACCCAUGUGGGUUGUACUGUUAGAAGAUGGAAUUGAGUUUUAUAAAAAGAAAAGUGACAACAGCCCCAAGGGGAUGAUCCCGCUGAAAGGAAGCACUCUCACUAGCCCGUGUCAAGACUUCGGCAAGCGGAUGUUCGUGUUAAAAAUCACUACAACCAAACAGCAGGAUCACUUCUUCCAGGCAGCCUUCCUGGAGGAGAGAGACGCUUGGGUUCGGGAUAUCAAGAAAGCCAUUAAAUGCAUUGAAGGAGGCCAGAAGUUUGCAAGAAAAUCCACAAGACGGUCCAUUCGCCUGCCAGAGACAAUUGACUUGGGGGCUUUGUAUCUGUCUAUGAAAGACCCUGAAAAAGGAAUAAAGGAACUGAAUCUGGAGAAGGACAAGAAGGUUUUUAAUCACUGCCUCACAGGUAGUGGUGUCAUUGACUGGCUGGUUUCUAACAAGCUAGUUCGGAAUCGCCAGGAAGGCCUCAUGAUCUCCGCUUCUCUGCUCAGUGAAGGAUACCUGCAGCCUGCUGGAGAUCUGUCCAAGAAUGCAGCAGACGGCAUAGCAGAAAACCCUUUCCUGGACAACCCCGAUGCUUUCUACUACUUUCCAGACAGUGGAUUCUUCUGUGAGGAGAACUCCAGCGAUGAUGAUGUCAUUCUGAGAGAAGAAUUCAGAGGGGUUAUCAUCAAGCAGGGAUGUUUGCUGAAGCAGGGGCACCGGAGGAAAAACUGGAAAGUGAGAAAGUUCAUUCUGAGAGAAGACCCGGCCUACCUGCACUACUAUGACCCUGCUGGGGGUGAAGAUCCCCUGGGAGCAGUCCACUUGAGAGGCUGUGUGGUGACUUCGGUAGAGAGCAGUCACGAUGGUAAGAAGAGUGAUGAAGAGAACCUCUUUGAGAUCAUCACAGCAGAUGAAGUUCAUUAUUACUUGCAGGCAGCCACUUCCAAGGAGCGUACUGAGUGGAUCAAAGCCAUCCAGGUGGCCUCACGGACUGGGAAAUGAGGACACCAAGAAUCAUCGAGGAGAAUCUGACUGGCCAAGAUUCUACAACCAGUAUAAUAGAGAUGGAAUUCAAGACCAGACUUUGAACUUUGAGUCGGCAUUCUAUUUUGUAUUCACCUUCCUCACAUGCUUCCAGGGUGUAUCAUUUUAAUGUACUGUUUAUUUAAUAUUCACUGUGGCAAGAGUUCUCAAGCUAUGUAGGUCUGUUCCCGACACACCAACACUCAAAUAAAACAAUAUUGUGCCUGUAUAACUUUCCAUGGGAAAGUCUGGAGACCUUACAGAUAGUCCAGAAAGUCUCAAGGCUGGACGAGGAUGAGGCCUUUCAUCCCUUUGUAUUCUGAGUUUUCCCUCCUGUUUUCUUCUCACUUGAAUGAAACAAUUACCGUGACACUCCACACCACACAUAAGACCUCAGCCUACAAGUGUCCCUUGCUCUUCUGCCCUUCUGCUCAAUGUCAUUUCUCCAAUGAACAAGAAUGUUAGCUGGGUCCUUAGAAAAUCUGAGCCUGAGAUAGAGCAAGGAGUGAAUGAAAUUUAUUAAGAAGUGAAAAGAAUACUAAAAUAGACAAAAGUGCUAAGAAGGAGAAUUGGGUGGGGAAACUUCAACGCAAGUCUAACUACGUACGGGGUUGGCCUGGAAAGCAUGGCAAGGGGCCAUCUUUCCCCCGACCAAACAGGACAUCAGGUCCUCUGUCUUGUGUGGAGAAGUGACCCAAAGUGACAAUAUAUUUAUGGUCUAAUGAACAGUAGUGCAUGCUCUCUCUAAUUGCUCAGAGACUUAUAAGAAAAAAAGACAGAAAGAUCAGAGACCAGGGACUCUUGGGAAGAAGCAUAAGGAUGGACAUCUGGGAGUGGGUGUAAAGUGUGAGGAUGUGUGUGUCACAUUCUAAUAAUCCCAGAAGCUUCCGUCCCCAAAUCACUUGGCCUGUAAUCACCACAGCCAUAGCACAAAUGACACACGAAUGGGUAAUCACAUAUAGGGACAACAGCAUUGGCUUCAACU